GCUCCACGUCCGUGCAGGAGCUCGUCUGCCCGGCGCUCGGUGCCCGAUGCCAUGCUUUCCGUCGGUAGUCUGUACCACCUGCCUGCCUUUGCCUUCCACUGGUUCGCUUCUCCCUCUCCUGUGCUUGGCUGCUGCUUGCCCGUUGAGCACAGCAGGGGGGGGGGGCGUGCCUGCACAGCCGGCGCGAUGAGGGACUGGGCGCCGUCGAUCAUCGCCACGGCGCUGUUCGCGCUCCUGUGCCCGGGCGGCGUGCUGCAGAUGCCCGACCGGCACCGCCCCGUCGACCUCAUGAACAUGAAGACCAGCUUCCCGUCCAUGCUCGUCCACGUCGUCAUCUACUCCCUGCUGCUCAUGCUCUUCCUCGUCAUCCUGCAGCCUCACCUCUACAUCUGAGGUGAGCGUGUUCCCCACCCCUUCACACAAGCUUCUAGCAUGUUUCAGUUUCUUCUUUCUUGGGAUGCAGUUUUGGGCCCUUUUAAUAGCUUUGUAACCUUAUGAACCAGAGGAUUAUAUACGUAAUAUGCGAUCCGUAGCUUCCGUUGGGCAAUAAAGAACUGAAGUUUCCCUGCU